GUGCUGCAAGCCGGAGCCGCCAAGGGGCGCUGCAGAGAGAUAAACACCUCUGAACCCAAAGCAGGAAGCGGAACCAUAGCGACUGGAAGAUGUCGGAGUACGCAGCGACCCAGAAAAGUGCUCUGAAGUUUAAAGGCAGCGUUUCAGCUGGGAAAAAGAAGAAGAAGAAGGAUAAAGAGAGUAAACAUCGCCUCGAGCAGGCUGUGCAAAGUCACAACGAGGAGGAGGUGAAAUCCAACAAAGGUUAUGUUGACAAAAGGACACCGGCACAAAUGGCCUUUGACAAGAUGCAGGAGAAGAGGAAAAUGGAAAGGAUUUUGAACAAGGCGUCUAAGACUCAUAAACACAGAGUGGAGGAUUUCAAUCGCCAUCUGGACGCCUUGACAGAGCAUUACGAUAUUCCCAAAGUCAGCUGGACCAAGUAGAAGAGGAAAUGUCCUCCAUUUUGUUUUUUGUUUUUACCUGUAGAAAAAUCUCACACAACCCUUUUUUUGAAAUGUAUGUUUAUUUACUUUUAUCGAUAUACAAUAAAAUUUGAUUUUUACUGUG